AUGAGAAAGCGGCCUGUGCUGGGGGACGCACAGCCAGAACAGCCAGGGCAGGCGAGCCCCGCCCCACAGGGCCCUCUGGAAUCCCGUGUCCCCUCGGGCGCGAGGUCGGCUUCGGGCGGGCCACCAGCCGCCCCCCGAGGUCCGGCCCUGCAGCCACACAAAGGCGGCUCUGGAGGCCCCGCGGCAGCGGAGCGGUCAGCCUGGCAGCCGGGCUCCUGGAGGCUGCCCCCUCCCCUGCAGGUGCCCUCCGAGGGGCCGGGGAUGAAGGGCCUUCAGGGGGUGAGGCCGGCCUCUCCUCCCGGAGGCCCUGCCCGCCCAGCACCGCUGCAGGGCCGGCUGCGCAGCCUGGAGGUCCUGCGCACCUUCCCCCAGGAGCCUGAGACCCUGUGUUCAGCCUCGAAGAAGCGGUCCUUCUGCCCGCAGCCUCAUGCUGCACCAGAAUCGGUGCCUCAGACCCUCAUCCAAGAGCAGGCUCGAGGCGGGGGAGGCGGGGUCGUCCCGGGGCCCCAGCGUGACAACACACGUGGAGUCCGCCCUGCUCCCACGGCCUCCUUAGGAAUCCACGUUUGGGGCUUAGCGCGGCCCAUGGCCGCGGCCUCCCGGGGAAUCGAGCUCAGGGCGGGAGCCUCCAUCUUCGCGGCGGAGACCCUGCUCUCGGGACAUGGGCGGUGGGGAGACUGGGCAGGUGACGGGGACCCUGGCCGGCAGUCGCUGGAGCCCUCACUGGACGAGUGGGUUGGGGAGGACCACGCCUCUGAAGGGACGGGGCCGCCGCAUGGGGCCGAGGGGGGACUUCUCCCUCUGAGCCCGCCGGCCCUGAGCCCCAUCCUGGAGGCAGGGAGGAGUCCAGCCUCAGCCUCCGGCGGCGCCCCUGCCCCAGCAGUGCCGGGUGCUGGGGGCCUGAUGCUCUGCCCGCGGUCACCGUGCCCCCUGCCCAGCCUGGAGCAGCCCCGACGUGGGUCCUGCCCAGCCAGGGCAGCCAGAGGGCGCCGCGUGGCCCCUCCCCAGUCCCCAGGGAGCUCUGUGUCGCCCACACCCCUCAGCCAGCCCAGCUCCACCCCCGGCCGGAGCCAGGACAACAGAGAAGAGCCCUAG